UCCCGCGCCCCGCCGCCGCCGAGCGAGGCCGGGCUGGGCUCGGUGCUGCUCAUGGAGAAAGUGCCGGGCGAGAUGGAGAUGGAGCGCAGGGAGCGGAGCGAGGAGCUGUCCGAGGCGGAGAGGAAGGCGGUGCAGGCUACGUGGGCCCGGCUCUAUGCCAACUGCGAGGACGUGGGGGUGGCCAUCCUGGUGAGGUUCUUUGUGAACUUCCCCUCGGCCAAGCAGUACUUCAGCCAGUUCCAGCACAUGGAGGAGCCCCUGGAAAUGGAGCGGAGCCCGCAGCUGCGCAAGCAUGCCUGCCGGGUCAUGGGGGCCCUCAACUCUGUUGUGGAGAACCUGGACGACCCGGAGAAGGUGUCCUCCGUGCUCGCCCUGGUGGGCAAAGCCCACGCCCUCAAGCACAAGGUGGAGCCCGUGUACUUCAAGAUCCUCACUGGGGUCAUUCUGGAGGUGAUCUCUGAGGAAUUUGCCAAUGACUUUCCGCCCGAGACGCAGAGAGCCUGGGCCAAGCUGCGCGGCCUUGUCUACAGCCACGUGACCGCCGCCUACAAGGAAGUGGGCUGGGUGCAGCAGGUCCCCACCGCCGCCACGUGAGGAGGGCCCACCGGCCACACUGCCCUCCCCCUCCUCGGGGCCAUAGGGCCUCUUCUGUCCUCUCCCCUCCCUGGCAGCUCCUUGAGCAGAAGGCCAAGUUCUGAAGACCCUUCUCGACCCUCCAUUUCUGGGUGCCAAGGACGCUGGAGGAAUCCCUGACUCGUCUUCCUGGACAGAGGCCUCUGCCUCGGCCACAGUCCCCUGGAGCCGCCGGGAGGUGGCACUGGAUGCUGACCCAGUCGGUGGCGGGUGGCCUGUGGGGGUGGGGGCCCUUCCUCCUUGCAGAGCCUGGUCCACUCUUCUUAGCUUUUCUACUCACGGAUAGAGACCUCGCUGCGCAGCAGGCAGGAACUGGGCACAGGUCUGAGAGCCACUGCGGGAUGCCCCAGCCCGGUGCUGUCUGCCCGGUCAGCAUGAGGUCUCAUCACCUAUCUAGAAUAUCACGCACACGUAUCUACCAUAUAUACAGAUAUAUUCUAUAUACAAUCUAUAUAAAUAUAUAUAUAUACACACAUACAUAUCUAGAACGUGUAUCUGUGGGGCCCAGGGGCCCACGUGAGCCUGGAUUCUGCUCUUCUGCGCGUGGGGCUGGGAGGGGUCCUGCUAAUGCUUCUGGGCAGAGAACAGAGUGUUCUGGCAGAGGUGGGGGUCCCACAUCAGCACAGAGAGGAUCUGAGCCUGUGGAUGGAGUUGGGGUAACCCAGGGGCCUGCAUGGGCGGGUUUGGGGUGACAGCCCAUUCUCAGACCAGCUCCCCACAUUCCUGCUUUCUACUUCUAGGCAAGAAAGGUGUGGCCCUCCCCACCUUCACCCUGCACAGAAGGAUGUGUGUGGUCCCUACCUUGUUCCAAAACGGGCAAGGGCAGACAGAGGGGCCAGAAGGUCUCGACAGGAUGACUGUGCUGGGGGAGGGGCCACAGUAAAGAAUCCUCAAAUGCCAGCCCCAUCUGCCCUUGUCACUAAGACGCCCCGGCAGGAGGAGGGAUGAUGACCCAGGAACAGAUGCCCCCAUCCGUGCUGGAGCUCUGAGGGCCAAGGGCCCUCUCUCCCCUGCCCCUCCUGGCUGCCGCCUGGCAGUCAGUCCCGUCCAUCCAUCUGGGUCAGAGUUGUGGGGGACCGCCCCCCUUGUGCCCCUGGGUCACGUGUGUUGUCCUCAAGGAUGUUUUGCUGCUGUGACUAUUAUGCCCAUGUCCCCUCCUGUCCCGUCCUCGUGCAGCCGUCCGUGUAACUGCCUUACCCUCCUUUCGUAGUUUCUGAUGUUUGUAACAGACCCAGCCACGUCAUUAAACAGACUCCUCUUCCUGUG